UUCAUUUCGUUUCUCAUUUCAUUGUAACACAUCUAGAAAAAUAAUUGAACGGUCAUGGAUAAUUUAAUAACAUUAAAUGUUGGGGGAACUACGUUUUUGACCAGCAUGUCAACUCUCAAAAAGUACCCCGAAACACGUCUCGGGAGAUUGACUACUUCAUCACAGGAAUAUGUUGUUGGCAAAGAUUUAUAUUUUUUCGACCGAAGUUCGGAUUUGUUUUCUCGUAUCUUAGAUUUUUAUAGAAAUGAUGAGAUUCAUUUGCCAGCCAAUUGCUGCAGUCAAUUAAUUCAAAAAGAGUUAGACUACUGGGAGAUUCCAUACAGCGAUAUUCCAGAAUGCUGUCGGUCAGCAAUACUAAAGAAAGAAACCGAUUUAAAGACAGUUCAUAAACUGAAAUUAUCGACAGAAGUUCCUUCAGCAUUCGAUGGAAAUAAUAAAUGUGCAAAUGGAAUACUGCGUAAGAUAUGGUUAUUUGUUGAUGAACCAUUGUCAUCGCAACCAGCCAAGUGCUACAAUUUUGCGUACUGUCUGAUUGUGAUCCUGUCUGUUUUAAUGGAACUAUUGUUCACCAGUCCAGAUUUUAGAAUCCCUUUUGAAAGCACGGACAAUGUUACCAUGACGCAGAACAUUGACUUUUUAAAAGAUAUGAAUAACCCAAAGUUUAUAUUUUUUCUUACGACUGAAAUGGAACUUUGGUGGUAUAUAGUUGAUGACUGCCUGCUAGUUUUUUUCACACUUGAGUUUUGUACAAGAUUUGCAACUGCUCCGUCAAAAAUAACAUUCGCCAAGAAUUGGUUAAAUAUACUUGAUAUCGUUUUGGAUGUUUCAAUGUGGUUUCGAUUCGUCGUCAGACAGUUUGGCUUUACAAUUUUGUUGAAAUACCAAAUAUUACUUGAAAUUAACCAGUUCUGUUAUGCGUCAAUAUCUUUCCGUAUGUUUCGUAUAACGCGUCUUUCGAAACAAUCUGAUGGACUGAAAAUACUUUUAACCUCUAUUAGAGAGAGCAUCAAAGAACUGGUUCUGUUAUUCUUAACGAUUUUAAUGUUGGCAGUGUUUUUCGCCAACAUAAUAUUUUUCGCCGAAAUGACAGAGUCGACAACCUUCCCAUCAUCCUUUGAAGGAAUAUGGUGGUCUGUUAUUACUAUGACGACAGUAGGUUACGGAGAUCAUUACCCAAAGUCAGUACUUGGAAAAUGUGUUGGAGGAUGCUGUGCCGUUUGUGGAGUAAUUAUAAUUGCAAUGCCAAUUGCCAUUAUUGCGACAAAUUUCAAUACAUUUUAUUCAAGAAUGCAGGAUAUACGGAAUUUCGAAAACCGUGUGAAAAAGAUCAAUCGUGAGUAGAUAGACGACCAGCCUAAAUCGCGAAAAGCUUUUCUUAAGAAACAACAGUAUAAAACCUGUCAUAACAAAGAGGGACAUGAUUUUUCAAGUCUUCGGCAGAGUUUUUGUAG